AUGACCGCUCCUGCCUCAUUGAAUCGAGACAUAUCACCUCCACCUACUCGCCGCUCUCGUAAGCACAAGAUAGGAGCCUCUGCCACCCCGGCUGCCAUCGAAGCAGGUCAAGCUCGACUACUAGAUCCGAUCUCGUACUUUCUUGACCAUUUCAGCAAAGUGGCACGAUCACUAAAACCAGAUUAUCCGAGGCUAGAUCUUGCAGCAUGGACUCAACUUUGGCGCAAUGACCAAGGUCAACACGGCCGCAUGUUUGUUGUACACCAACAUGACCAUCCCAUUGCGGGUGUACACUAUGAUCUCCGUCUCCAGUUCUCCGCCACUAGCGCCAUCAGCUUCUCGAUUCCCUACGGUCUGCCAGGUAAUCCAAAUUCUGUCAGACCUAUGCGAAUGGCCAUCGAAACACGAGUGCAUUGCCUUUGGAAUCACCUUGUUGAAUCUGCUUCUCAUGCUACUGGAUCUCUCUUGAUCUGGGACACUGGCGAGUAUGAGCUUGUGCCAUGUAAGGUUACUGAGAAGGAGCCAGAGACGGAUGAUGAUGCCUCGGACGUGGAAGCUGAGGUCGAGCAAGAUGCUCAGAAAACAGACAGCGAGAGACUGUUCGAAGCCUUUCAAAAUCGGCACAUCAAACUCAGACUGCAUGGUGCGAAACUUCCGCAAGGCUACACAAUAUCGAUGCGUUUACCAUCAGCCAACAAUGUCCAGAGCAAGAAGCCGAAGCGGAAACGUCGAAGGAAGGACCCUUUGCCUCAAGCAGUCGAGGAAGUCGCCGACUCUGACAAUGAUCAAGUCAAUGUCCAGGAUCUCAUAAAUGAAUCUACCGAACAAGUAGCUGUCGAUUCGGAUGACAGCGAAGAUGACACAAUAAGGAUUAACAAUGCUUACAAUGGCUCGGAGAACACCAUCGGGUCAAUACAUCAACGGCUAUGGUUCCUCACGUUGGACAAGCUCAACUCUGGCUUCAUCAAAGCUUCCUCUGGGUCUGAGAAAGGCCGUUGGGUAUCACAAGACGAAGAAUCAGGAUGGAAACCUUUCUUCGUUCAGGGCACAGACGUAGAACGGAGUGUCAUCACUGGACGCAGUGCAGCACAAGUCACGCAGGACGAAGGUGUUCAGGGAUACGUCGGUCGCAAAACAUGGAGACCAAUACUGGAAUAA